CAUAUUAACAACAUUGAUUUAGUUUGUUGUCAUUUUGAAAGGACACGAUGUCAAAUGAUAGGGCUCAUGUAUCUGCUCACGACAGCGCCGUUUUGAACAGAAUUUUCAAUCCCAACUUACCUUAUGGUGAUGUUGUAGACGAGGAAGAAGUUGAGAAAGAAAUUGAGGAGGAGACUGUGGAUGUAAAGGUCUCGAAACAACUGGAGGUACAGGGGGUCCAAGCAGCAGAGAGCGGUGAUGUGGAGGCAGCUUUAAAUUUAUUUUCACAGGCCAUUGGAAACACACCACAGAGGGCAUCUGGAUACAAUAAUCGUGCACAAGCUCUACGCCUAAAGGGAGAUGUUCUUGGUGCCCUUGAAGAUCUGAACAUGGCCAUUACUCUUUCUAAUGGGACUGGAUCAGUGGCUUGCCAAGCAUACACCCAAAGAGGCCUUAUUUAUAGAUUAGAAGGUGAGGAGGAAAAGUCUUUGGAGGAUUUUAAACAUGCAAGCAGAUUAGGUGGGCAGUUUGCCAAACAACAAGUCAUUGCUAUGAAUCCCUAUGCAGCCUUGUGUAACCAAAUGCUGUGUGAAGUCAUGCAGAAAGUUCGAAGUGGAGAAGUGUAGCACAAACUUUUUCCCUUGAUGUUUUAUAUGAAAAAAAAAAUAAUGUUGAUUAUUGAUUGAAUCUCAUUUUUAUAGCCUGAAUGGGGGAAAAUUAUUCUGAUUUUUUUUUACUGAUAAUAUGUCCAGUACUAGAGUUUUUUUUUUCUUAUAUGCUAUGGAUUCCCCUAGGUUCUGCAAUGAUCGCUACCUUUAUAGUUCACAUGAAUCAUCAAAGAAAGCAUUUUAAUGUUUAUAUUUACUUUUUUCUUUUAAUAAAUAAAUAAAUUGGCUGAAAAAAGUAAAUGAAUUUCACUAAAAUGCCGUUAAUAUACGUCAGUACGUUAGCUAUAAGAAACAGCCAAAUCAUCUCCUAUGGGAGUUUGAAUUUGACAUCGUGAUUAUUUCGUGCAGUCCGUGAUUUUUCUUAGGUCGCUGUAGGUUUCAACCAAUCGAUAACGGGCGUGUAGAUUUAAGCCCUUCAGUUUCCACAGCUGUUCUAUUGAGCUAUGAAUUAAAUAUAAGUUUCCGUUAGAAAUAGAUGGAAUCAUAUUCGGUAGAUGUAAAAAUAAAAAUGUGAAAAAGGCUUUAAUCAAUGUACUUAGUUAAACUAUAUCUAUAAGAAGUCAAGAUUAUCAAUAUGAGUUGAUUUCUUCAGAAUUAACUGUAUCUGCGAUGAUCACCAAUAUCUUAUAUUUACAUCUACCAAACAAUAUUUCCUCUAUUUCUUACGAAAACUUAUAGUUAAUUCAUAGCUCUAUCUAAACAGCCAAACUGAAAUCUACACGCCCUAUUUAUCGAUUGGUCGAAAUCUACAGCGGCUGAAAGUGACAGGACUGAAAUUGACACGCCCUGUUUAUUGAUUUGUCUGAACCUACAGCGACCUUAGUAAAAUCCCGGACUGCACGAAAUAAUCAUGACGAUGCCAGACUCAAAGUCUCACAGGAGACGAUUUGGCUGUUUCUUUUAGCUAAGUUAACGUACUUUUGUACAUUAACAGUAAUUUAGUGAAUUUUACUAACUUUUCAUAAUCAGUUUAUUAAUUAGUUAAAGAAAGAUGUUACUAUAAACAAUAAAAUGCUUUCUUUGAUGAUUCAUGCGGGUUAUGAAGGUAGCGAUCAUUGCAGGAAAUAUUUACAUAACCCGCUAACGCGGUUUAUAUAUUUUUCCUGCAAUGUCGAUACCUUCAUAUCCCGAAUGAAUCACCAAAGAAAGCAUUUUAUUGUUUAAAGUACAGCUUUCUAUUUGUGUCAUAUAUCAAGGUGUUCGUGUAUAAUCGUUAACUAUAGAUAAAAGUAAAUAAAGCCAUACUUACACUUCUGUACCAUAUAAGAACAUUUUAUACCAUGUUGUUUUGAAAUGGGAGAUUAUCUAGAAAUGGACAACGAUCCCCAACCAUGUUCCAUGUAAACAACUACAAUGUUGGUGUUCCGAUAAUAUGAUGCUGGUUUAUUGUAACAUGAUAACCAGAAAUAAGGUGAACAAAACAGAGGAUGCAGAAAAACUCUAUGAAGAAGAAAAUAUUGAUUUUGUGUCCCUUGAUUUCCACUAGUUUUCUCAGUGAUAUUUUAUAGUUUUCAUAUGAUUGUUUAGCAGUUCUCGUAAAAAAAACC